AUGAAACUAAAGCAAAACAUAUUAGCGGUCUUAUUAAUUUUAGCUAAUUUUAAUAAAUCUUAUUUUACAUCAGGAUUGAAGCCAUAUGAGACUAAUCUUAACGUCACUGCUGUUGUACAAGUUCUUCACGAUAUUGCGAUUGAAUUUCUAGUGAAUGAAAAACUGCGGUUCAAUGUUUUAUUUCUUAAGAAAGUUCCAAUUAUUUUGGACAUAAUUGAUGGAUUUGUUGCCUUAUUAAAGCAAAAAACGAGUUACAGAUUGCUAGUUUUUGGAAAAUAUGAUCAAAAAUUCAAAAAUCUGCUGGUUUAUGCUCAAAUUAUCUUUAUGAGCUCAUUAGAUGAAUUUGCAGAAAUUGAGAGAUUUUUUCUAGCUAUGAGGUUUGCUGGUCAGCCAAUAAAAGUAUUUAUCAUUGUUCCUGACUUGACCUUUGAGAUGUUGAGGUCGUCCUGGAUUUUUGGAAAGUAUCAGCAAAUUUCAACUGACUCUGAUGGAAUUUUUCAUAGUUCCUACUUUAUAACAACUGAAAUGGACACCGUGACUUUAUCAUCAAUUGAAUCAUUUGAACCUGCUGCUUGUGGCUAUCCUAACCUCAAAAUACUCAACACAUUCAACAAAACAACAUCAAAAUGGACUACAAAUGUUCAUGGAAUUACACCGAAAAUUUUCGAGAUUGCUUCAAAAGUUCACAAUUUUACGGAACAAUAUCAGCCUGUCGAUAUUCAUCCUUUAUGGAUAUUUCCAGAAAAAAAUAAACAAAUGAAUUUUGUGUUAAUUAACAAUACUUACAAGAUUCCUUCUGUGUAUUUCGAGAUACACGACAUUAAAAAAAAGAAUGUCAUCAUGGACGUGUCUAAUGUUAUUGUUAAUAUGAAGACAAUAAUGUUUGUGACACCAGCUGAUAAGUAUACAGUUUAUGAGAAAUUUGUCCUUCCGUUUGAUUCUUUGACUUGGAUUUUACUUGGAACGACCUUCAUGCUAACAUUUAUGUCAAUAAUGAUGAUCAAUUUGACGUCAAGAGCAACAAGAAACCUCGUUUACGGAUAUAAAGUCACCAAUCCAAUCUGGAAUGUCAUCAGCAUCUUCUUUGGAAUUUCUCAGACUAAAUUGCCGACCAAGAACUUCUCGAGAUUCAUUCUCGUUCUGUUCAUUUUCUUCUGUUUGAUCUUUCGAACUUGUUUUCAAAGUAAAUUCUUUGAAUUCAUGACAAGUGAGCCGAGAUUGUCACCACCAAGGACUAUUAGUGAUCUGAUUUACAGGAACUACAGUGUUUGUCGGUCAAUGCAUCAAAAGGACGUCUGUUCUCGAUUAGAACCUUGGCCAAAAAUCACAAAUAUGUCAGUCAAGGAGAUCUCAGAUGCAAUCUUAACACAGUCACAGAACUCAUCAGCUAAGAUUGCAUUGUGUGUUGACGAAUUUUUAUUGAAUCUACUUGAAUUUCACACUCAGAAAAAUUUCAAAUGGAAUAAGCUUGAAACUGUCUUUCAUACAACAUCGGAAGCAUUCAUGUUUCGAAGCUUUUCAUUCUUUUACCGAAUGUUUAAAAAAGUCAUCAACAAUUUGAUUCCAACUGGAAUGAUUGAGCAUCUAGUCACAGAGUUUUAUACGAAAAAGAGGAAAUUUGUAAAAAUUGAAGACGAACGGAAAGUUUUGAGUGUCAAUGACCUACUUUUUGGAUUCAAAAUUUGGUUUGGAUGUUGUUUAAGCGCUGGAUUUGCAUUUUGGUUUGAAAUGUUGACAACACGUGCUGUAAGAUGUAAAAAAAUUAAAUUUGCAAAAGUUUAUGUGACUCAAAACUAUGAGUUUGGACAGAAAGUGUUAAGUUCAGAGCUGAUUAUGAAGUUUCGAGUCAAAACUAAAGGAAACUAG